AGCGGCAAUCUUUCCCACCAUAUGGCUAGAGCGAUACAGCUUCAGCGUGAGCCACACACACACACACACACACACACACACACCGCUCAAACUCAAAGCGCACGAUCACACACUCCCGACACCGGUUUCUCUCCAUUCUUCACUCCUCGUCGCUUACACCCGCCAGGUUAUCAUCCAUGCCCCAAACACUCCUUGCUCGUCGUGACAUGCAUACCUUUCCGCCCUUCGUGUGCAUUUGGAUGGAUAAAGUCACUCUGAGCUGCAGUACAACACGUUUUCCCGCAAGUGGCAUCGUCCAGCCAGUGUGAUCGGCAGUGUGAGCUGAGAGGUUGGACGGGUGAUAUGUAAUGCGCUGUGCUCUGGGCUGGUAACUCUCGUGCUGAAAAUAUACACAAACUCUUAGCCAAACCAAGAUGGAUGUGUGCACGCGCGUGUUUUCAUAGGUGUGGGCGUGAUGUGAGUGGCGGCGGGCGCGGCGGCCCCUCCCGACGGCGGAGAGCAAGCUCGCGUGCCCCCUGGUGCCGCGGGCGUGGCCGACCCCGUGGGGCGACAACGGUGCCCCAGCCCACCCCCGCCGCGCCCACCUCGACUCCGCAGUGAAGGAAAAGCGGGGAGCUAGAUAGAGGAGGGGAGAGGGAGAGAGAGAGGGGAGGAGAGUGAGUGAGGGAAGGAAAAGCGGAGCGACACAGGGAGAAGGAGAGGGAGAGGGAAAGCAGCAGUGAGCGGUGAGAGGGAGCAGUGGUGACCAUGUGGGCGUGAAGCUCCUGCCGCGGCUGAGGCGGUGACUGUGUGUGUGUGUCGCGGGCGGCGCCCCUGCCAGCCCCGCCCCUAACAGCCCCGCCCCGCCCCGCCCCGCCUUACACGCCCCAGGUCGGGUGAUGGACUACCACCGCUACGGGGGGCUGGGGGUGGGCUCGGUGCCCCCCCUGCUCGCCGGCGGGCCCCCCACGCUACCUGGGUCAUCCCUCGCCGAGCCCACGGCCCAGCAGCCCCCGCCGCCCCCACCGCCCAUCCCCGGCACCCCCUCCACGCUGCUGCCACCGCCCCCCCACCCGUCACAUCACCCAUCCCUCAUGUUCCAUUACGGUGGAAAGCCUCCCACCAUCCCGCCUCAUCUCCUGCCACCAGGGUCAGCUGCAGCUGCUGCUGUUGCUGCAGCAGCCGCAGCAGCCUGUGUGAGCAGUGCCUCCAGUGUUAGUAGCAGUAACAGCAGUAGCAGCAUCAGCAUCAGCAGUGAAGGAGGAGUUUUGAGUAGCAAAGGUGUGAGAACCACUGCCACUGUGCCACCCCUGGGCCUCACCACCUCCCUGGCACCACUCACCACCACAGCCGGAGCCAGGGCUCCAUCACCCACCUCGUCCUCAUCGUUUGCCGCUGCCCUGCGUUCCCUCGCCAAGCAGGCCACUGCACCUCCAGGCACAGAGAAGGAAGGGUCAAUAUCUGGGGAGCCUCAGAGACUUUCUCCCAAAGUACCGGUGCUGACGCCCUCCACCACGGGUCACAUCGGCAUCUCCAGUGGGUCAGUGCCGCCAGUGGUGACCAUCGCACCCACUCACUCCCACGUCACCAUGACCACUGAGGCGGAGCGCACAGGGCCGCCCGUCAGCGAGGAAUUGGUGCGAGGCUUCCAGCCCUACCGUGCUCCCGACGUGCAGGUCUCACAGCCCGCUACGGCCACUCCUGCAGGUUCCCUGCGGCCGCCCAUGCCUCUUGAUUUGCCUCCCUCCUAUCCUGCCUACCACCCCUCCCUCUACCCCCACCACCUGGCUCACCAGUACAGGCUGGAGGAGCAACUGUACCUGGAACGGUAUGGGCUGCUGCAGCCGCCCCUCAGCCCCUACAGUGUUGGGGGCUUGUCUGCCAUAUACCCUGGGGCAGCCACCUCCCCCUACCUGUCCUCUAGAUUCCCUCAUGAUCUCCUCCCCACCUCCCUGGCGGCCCUCCACCCCUCCUCCGCGCUGCUCCAUGAGAGAUUGAAGCUGGAGGAGGACAUGAGGCAGCGGGAAUACGAGCUGGAGAUGAGGAGAGAGCGGGAGCUAGAGAGGGAACGGGAGCGAGAGAGAGAAAGAGAGAGGGACCGCGAGAGGGAGAGGGAGAAGGAGCGUGAGAGGGAAAGAGAGAAGGAGCGCGAAAGAGAGAGGGAGCGUGACAAGGAGAAGGAGAGGGAGAGGGCACGGGAGAAGGAGCGAGAGAGGCAACGGCAGCGGGAGAUUCAUGAGUCAGACCGCAGCAGCAAGGAGGACACAAACCAGAGUCAUGACAGGACACGUGACCGCAGCCCCAUCACCCCCAAUGUGCCCAUCACCACCCUCAGCACCAGCAGCGUCACUGUCACCAGCACGAUGCAUGGACGCAAGAACCAGCCCAUCGGCGUGGCCACCCAGCAGAUGGCCCAGCCACUGGACAUCCGGAACCAGGUGAUGUUCCGGCCCAUAAAUGACGUGACGUUCCUGGGCCACGUGCAGGCACAGACGCAGCCCAAGACACAGACGCAGGCCACCAGUACCAAGGACGACCUGCCCCUGAGCAAGCUGGAGCCACCCAGGGACACCAUCAGGUCCUCUGGGAAGCCUCGGACACCAGCCAUCGUGCGGCCCUUCGAGUCCACACCCUCUGAGGGGAUGCACGCAAUCCAUACAGUGAUAAAGAACACUAUGCCACCGACAGUGAAGAAUGGGGAGAACCUGAGUGGGCAGCAGGGCAGGAUAAUUGUGGGAAACGGUGAGCUGAUCCCCUCCAGUGAGAUCAAGAAGGAAGCGGUGGAGGUGCGUGGAGUGGAGCAAAGACCGCUGGACAUGAGAGGGGUGGAAGCGAGGGGAGUGGAAGUGAGGGGACUGGAACCAAGAGGCGUGGAGUUAAGAGGUGUUGAGGCAAGAGGUGUGGAAGUAAGAGGUGUGGAAGGAAGAGGUGUGGAGCAGAGGGCAGUGGAGGCAAGACCAGUGGAGCAAAGAGCACUGGAAGCAAGAGGAGUGGAGGCAAGAGCAAUGGAAACGAGUGGAGUGCAGUCAAGAGGAGUGGAGACAAGGGGAGUGGAGCCGAGGGGACUGGAAGGAAGGGGAGUGGAAGUAAGAGGUAUUGAAAUGAGGGGAGUGGAACCAAGAGGAAUGGAAGGAAGGGGAAUGGAACCAAGAGGAAUGGAAGGAAGGGGGAUAGAACCAAGAGCAAUGGAGGCAAGAGGAGUGGAAACAAGAGGGAUAGAAGCAAGAGGAAUGGAGCCAAGAGGGAUGGAGCCAAGAGGGAUAGAAGCAAGAGGGAUGGAGCCAAGAGGAAUGGAAGGAAGAGGAGUGGAGGUAAGGGGAGUGGAGGCAAGAGGAGCAGAGGCAAGAGCAAUGGAGCCAAGAGGAUUGGAACCAAGAGGAACAGAACCCAGGGGAGUGGAGCCAAGGGGAGUGGAAGCAAGAGGAGUGGAAGUAAGGGGAGUGGAGCCAAGGGGAGUGGAGGCAAGAGGGGUGGAGACGCGGGGCCCUGGAGAGGUGCGGGGAGUGGAGCCUCGUGCAAUGGAGGUGCAGCGUGUGGAGGCCCCGGGCGUGUGGCAGCCGGUGAAGCUUGAGAAGAGCAGCCCCGUCCCUGCCCCCCCCACCCCCAGCCUCACCACCACCACUGCCACCACCCACACCCAGCCAUCCCCACCCCAACCCCCACCAGUGCAGGUCAAGGCACAGCCCCCACCAACACCUCCCCCACCCUCCCCACCUCCAGACCCCCCUGUGAGCCGUUUAGAUGUGGAGGAGCAGCGCCUGAGGGAGCUGCGGGAGGCUGGCCUGGAGGUGGAGGAGGCAGAGGAGGUGCUGCAGGAGGAGGCCAUGGCCCGGGCCAGGGCUCUUAUGCUGGUGUGUACAAAGGGACCUCCAGCGCCCCUUGACACUUCCCAUGAGAAAAUCUCCUUCCUGAACACGGUGGGGCUGAUCACACACGCCCACGCACAAGAGGCUGAGCUGUUCCAGUGUGAGCGGCGGGCGAGGGUGUUGGGCGCCCUGGAACCCUCCUCGAUCCCAUCAUCCCCCAAACACACAGAUUCGAUCUCAGAGGAGCUGGUGCCCAUGCUGGCGCCGGGACACAGCCUGCCACCUGUGAUAACCACCCCUGAGGAGCUGUGUCUGGCCCAUGAGUACCCACACAAGGCCCGCUUCCUCCACCACCUGGGACUGCAGCCUCAGCACUCCCUGCACCGUCAGCAAGAAAUUGAAGCUGUGUGGCAGCUGGUGGUGCAGGAGCGGCUGCGUAGGUACCGGCAGGAAAGCUCGGACCCGCUGGAGGUGCGUGUGUGUGAGGCGUUGGAGCAGCUCCUCACCACCAACAACAACCACCACCAACAAUCCAACACCACCACAUCCCUCCCUUCCACCACCACCACCAGCUCCCUAUCAGUUCCUUUGCUCAAGGUCACCACCACUACCACCACCACUGCAGCAGCAGCAGCCACUUGUACCACAGCAUCACAGUCUUCAUCCCCCACCACCACCACCACUGCCACAGCCUCCACGCCGGCGGCCGUCACCACCACCAGUACAGCUACGCAGGCCACAUCCACUGCUGCUGCUUCUGUUGUUGUGACGGGCACCACAGCCACCUCCACCACCACCACUGCCACCUCCACCAUCAUAACCACCACGGCUGUUGCAACCACGACAACUGCAACAGCUGCUCCACUGGUGGCCACUGCCCCCAUGAAGGUGGCCAGCAUACCUGUCACUGUUGCCACAACAGGCCACAACACACCCACCCAUAGUCUAAACUCUAAGGUGGUGAUGAGUCGCAUGGGCGGCAGGAUCCCCAUGAAGGAUGCGUUCAUCAUGUCCUCGCUGCCGCCUGAAGAGGAUCCACUGCUGGCCGGUCUACAGGGAGUCGACACAGUCAUUGAACACUUCAUAAAGAAUGCACAAGCUCAAGGAGGCAGCAACAACUCACUGCUCUUGGAGCACAUUGAAGAAGUGAGGAGAAGCCAGCUGGCUGUGUGUCAGACAGCACAGCUGGUGCAGGAGCAGGUGGCUCAGCUGGUGGCCUCCAGGGCCCAGCUGGAGGCUCACAGAUCAGCACUUCACCACCACCUGGCUGCCAUCACUUCCAUUAUAGCUAACAGCACCAACCACUUGGCCACCUCUACCUCCGCCACCACCUCCACAACCACAGGCAACUCUCCCUCUACCAUAUCAAACAGUACCCAAGUUUCCAUGGCAGUUCCUGUAACCUCUUCCUUCAUGGGUGUAUCCAAUGGUGCUUACACGCUGGCAGGUGGGAACUGCACCACCAGCACGGCCACCACCGCUACCAGCACAUCUAUGGGCCACGGGCAUCCUGUUCCCCUCACCACCACCACCUCAGGCCUAGUGACUGGACACCCGGUCACUGCAGUCAUCAACAGAAGCAUACAGUCAAUGGUUCCCAAUGCUCCUGCAAUGUCAUGGGCUGGCCUGGCUCCUCCCUAUCUUGGCAGUACAAAUAUUUCACUCUCAAUGGAGAAUAAGGACGGAGUGAUCUAUUCUCACAUGACGACCAAGGAUAACGGGAAAGAUGCCAAAACCAUUGUAUCAAGUGUAAAUACCUCAAAACCAAACCGGAUAUCUCUUCCCCAUGGGAACAACAAAAUGCCCAGCAGUCGCCAUAAUUCCACCAAGACCCAGAAGCACAUCUCCAUAGAAACCAGCCACAUCUCGCCCGUCAAAUACAACGGCAUACCAACCAAUCCUCCUAAACAGAUCUUCAAACCACUCCAGAUCAGUGGACCAAAUGCAAAUGUGACUCUUUCUAAAAAAUCCAAACCCAUGACCUACUGCCCACCUCCCAGUGUAACCGGACACUCACAAGCUUCAGUAGCACUUGUCACUCCAACCACCACCAUCGCCAACCAGAACGGGUUACUGCCGCUACCAGUCAACCACAACUCAAUCAGCAAGAAUGGCAGGACCAACAAGCCACAGAUUGGGUUCACCCCGUACUCAAAAACCUCUCCCACCAAAGUUACGCAGUCUUGGAUAUCCAACUAAUUAUGUCUUUGCUCUAUUUAAACUAUGUGUAUAGAGUAAAUUUCUCUCUGAGGGGGGUGUCAUUUUAUGAGGUUUCCUAGACCCUUGCAGAACCCUUGCUUUAGUGAAUGUUUCAUACAGUAUUCCUUGUUCUAACUCUGCCAAAGACUACGAUCCUCACAAGAGGAGUGCAGCCGCCCCUGUGGCCGGAAGCUGAAGAUGGUUGUAGCAUAAUUCAAGAAAUAUUACUAGUCAGGUAUAUUCUUAUCAGUUGAUGGCUUGGAAAUGGAUCAAGAAUAUGUAAUUCCACCACCACAUUAAAAUGUUAUGUCCACCUAAAUGUUCUGUGACAGCCAAUCAGCAUGAGUUAUUUCCACAGUGCAGAACACUGUAUAAGUGUGUGUGCAUGUGUGUGUGUGUGUGUGUGUGUGUGUGUGUGUGUGUGUGUGUGUGUGUGUGAGAGAGAGAGAGAGAGAGAGAGAGAGAGAGAGAGAGAGAGAGAGAGAGAGAGAGAGAGAGAACCAAAGCCAGACUAAUGUGGUGGUCAAGAAAAAGGUUGAAGGAAGUAAACUGUGUUCCAGCAUCUGAUCAUUAGGUAAGAUUUUCUGGUACUGAGAUGUCCAUACUGCACAAAGAGUUAAUUAUAUGUAUCUUAUCUAAAUUACAUAAAAACACAAACUUGAAAAUAUCUCUUUUAAUUUUAUCUUCAUAUUCCACCCCAGUAUUAAAUCACUAAGAGAUGAUGUGAGUGGUAGCAAGCCUUGAGUUGGGACAAAGAUUUUGAUUCGUUGUCAGUUAGUUUGAUGUUGUAUGUAUGUAAAUCAAAUUGAAUUUUUAGUUAGCUGGGUUGAAAUUUAUUUCAAUUAAUUGUUAUGAGAAAUCUUAGGAAUUCCUUAAAUAAAAAAAAUAAUAAUCUAAGAUUAAAAGAUUAAGUGGCAUAGUUUGUUCAAAUUUACAUUAUACUUUAGAAAUUUAUAUCAAGAAAAUUGGCAGCAACAACUCACUACUAUGUACAUUGAAUUGGAAUAUUCUCCAAGUUCCCUAUACUAUCUUCCUUAGAGGCUAAUGAUAGCAUUUUAAUAUUCAUAUAGUAACAACCACUAGUGUCCAUUCCUAGCUAGAGAGAUCCCUGAAAUGGAAGGAGAGAUGAUAUGAUGUAUUUGAGAGACUUGUGCUGAAGGAGGGGUGUGCAUGGCAGGGUGGUGACGCGAGGUGACCCGGGAGUCUGUAGUGUGUCUGUGGGUGCCGGUGACCUGGUGUGUGUGCCUCCUAUGGAAGUGCCGGGGUCAUGCUGGCCCAUACUGUUUACUAUGAUCAUUUCAGGAUGCCUCAGUGCUGCCACCAGUCUCAGCAUAAUUCUUAACUAGAGAAAUUAUGUUUGUAUUUAUGAACAAAUCUAAUUGAAAAAAUUAUAUAUAAAUAAAAUAUAGACUAUUGAGUCCUUUCAAACCUAAU